AUGAGCACGAUGCGGCGUCUCGGGCUUGUGUCACUGACUUUGCUGGGCCUGUUGCUCAGCGAGGGCACAAUUUUGGGCCAUUACUAUGUUAUGCACUGCUGCACACCCACCCGCAGUGCCAUUCACACGGGCCGAUACAACAUCCGCUAUGGCUUGCAAACCGGCGUCAUUCCCAACAACAAGCCCUAUGGCCUCAAUCUCACCGAGGCGCUCCUUCCAGAAUACAUGCGCAAUCUAGGCUAUGAUACCCACGCUCUUGGCAAAGUGCGGCCCCAGCGCUUCCUCUCUGUGCGCUUGCGACGCGACGAUAUUUGUCUCCCCAAUUACUCACAAACGCACACGCUUUCGCAAUCCCCAUGCUGCCCCUUGGCCCACAACAUCUUGAUUGGAGAAUGCAGUGGCACCUCGGCCUCUAUGAAUGGGCCUACACCCCUACGUUUCGUGGCUAUAAUUCGUUUUAUGGCUAUUACAGUGGCUCGCAGGUCGUGCUCGCGACCUUCUUCCACCCGUCCUUUCUAUCCAACUCUUGCCAUUGUAAGCGAGUGGCUUAUGCACAACACCGCCUUUAUCAUGGUAUUGCAGGACUACUACACUCACAAGGACUCGGGCAUCGACUUUCACAUUGACAACGGCCCCAAUUGUGGUCCCAAUUGCUCUCAAACUGAUCUCAACGCUACAGGCACCUAUUCCACCCUCCUCUACGCUGACCGAGCUCGCCAGAUUAUUGCAGCGCACAAUACCAGCAAGCCUCUGUUCAUGUACAUGGCCUUCCAGUCCGUCCACUGUCCUAUUCAAGCACCGGCCUCAUAUGUGGCACCCUACGCACACUUGGACCCCAACCGUCAAGUUUUUGCCGGCAUGGUAGCGGCCAUGGACGAAGCCAUUGGCAACAUCACAUCGGCUCUUCAUGCACGGAGCAUGUUCGACAACACCUUGAUUAUUUUUACCACAGACAACGGAGGACCAGUGGGGUCCCACAAUGACAAGCCACAAGGCAUUGGCUGUGCCACAGGCUCGCAAAACUACCCGCUGCGAGGUGGCAAAGGGGCAUACUUUCAGGGUGGCGUGCGUGGCACAGCCUGGGUGCACGGUGCACAAGUCCACCCAGCCUUGCGCGGCACGACAAACUACAACCUAAUGCAUGCAGUCGAUUGGUUGCCUACGCUGGUGGACCUGGGUGCCAUCAAUGGCAGUCUUCCAAACUGGCACAAGCCACUGGAUGGCGUCUCCCAGUAUCCAAUGCUGUUUGAAAACGCCGGUCCUCAACGAGAACACGCCCUCAUCAACAUUGAGCGCUCGCAUCCCACCACAGCCCCUUGCCAGGGCCCACAAUGUAGCCCAACGAGCCCCGCCUGCAAUGGCGUGGGUCAAUAUGCGGUGAUGAAGGGCCGAUACAAGCUACUCCUGGGAGGGGGUGGUCUACCCAACAACUGGUACCACGACGACCACCCCUACAAUGGCACCGCACCAACGCCUCAGGACCAGUGCUUGGUUGCGUGCUGCCAGGACUGCUGUGAUGCCGUGCCGGCCAUCCAGCUGUAUGACGUCCUGGCCGAUGAGGGUGAGCACUACAAUCUGGCCCCAACCCGGCCCGACCUGGUAGCGGACCUCAUGACCGUCGUACACCUGUACAACACCUCCACCUAUGUGGAAGCCCUACUGAAUCGCAUCCCCGUCAACACCAGCUGCCCAUAUAACAACGCUCAAGGCAUUCUCACACCCUUCAUUGGGGCCUCAUUAGCUCAGUCGGUAGAGCAUCAGACUCUUAAUCUGAGGGUCACGGCUCAGUCGGUAGAGCAUCAGACUCUUAAUCUGAGGGUCACGGGUUCGAGACGACUGCACGACCUCCCCCUGCUUCUUGAGGCUCGCAAGGCGACAACUACGGGGAGGUGGUGGACCGUGGACCCGGGGGGCACGCGACCCAACCAGUGUGUGCCUUUUUGCCCAAUGGUGGGUGGGGUCAUGAUGAACUGUCCGCAGCUGGAGAAGGGCUGCUCGAUGUUCUUCUCAAUGCCAGUUAUGGGCAAGAAUUUGAUGACUACAUCUCCCUGCCCCAGUGCCGGCUGUGAUUGA